CGGGCGGAGGGCAGCAUGGGCUAUUCGGGCCGGGUGCGGGUGGCCUUCAUCACGCGCACUCGGACGCGCAGGGCCACCUCCUCUUCCCUGGCCUCCCGGAGCAGCAUGGGCCGCACAGCUCGCAGAAUGUGCUCAAUGGGCAGAUGCGCCUCGGGCUGCCUGGAGAAGUGUUCGGGCGCUCGGAGCAAUAUCGCCAGGUGGCCAGCCCGCGGACCGACCCGUACUCGGCGGCGCAGCUCCACAAUCAGUACGGCCCCAUGAAUAUGAACAUGGGUAUGAACAUGGCAGCGGCCGCGGCCCACCACCACCACCACCACCACCACCCCGGUGCCUUUUUCCGCUACAUGAGGCAGCAGUGCAUCAAGCAGGAGCUCAUCUGCAAGUGGAUCGACCCCGAACAGCUCAGCAACCCCAAGAAGAGCUGCAACAAAACUUUCAGCACCAUGCACGAGCUGGUGACCCACGUCUCGGUGGAGCAUGUCGGAGGCCCGGAACAGAGCAACCAUGUCUGCUUCUGGGAGGAGUGUCCUCGCGAAGGCAAGCCCUUCAAGGCCAAAUACAAACUGGUCAACCACAUCCGCGUGCAUACAGGCGAGAAACCCUUUCCCUGCCCCUUCCCAGGCUGCGGCAAGGUCUUCGCGCGCUCCGAGAACCUCAAGAUCCACAAAAGGACCCACACAGGGGAGAAGCCUUUCCAGUGUGAGUUUGAGGGCUGCGACCGGCGCUUUGCCAACAGUAGCGACCGGAAGAAGCACAUGCACGUCCACACCUCCGAUAAGCCCUAUCUCUGCAAGAUGUGUGACAAGUCCUACACGCACCCCAGUUCCCUGCGGAAGCACAUGAAGUCCCCUCUGGUCCCCCCUCCCGGCUUUUGUCUUGCAGGUCCAUGAGUCCUCCCCCCAGGGCUCUGAGUCCUCCCCCGCCGCCAGCUCAGGCUACGAGUCCUCCACGCCCCCGGGGCUGGUUUCCCCCAGCUCCGAGCCUCAGAGCAGCUCCAAUCUGUCCCC